GACCGUGGCGCGGGGGGGCUGUGGCUGGGGAGCAGAGGUCGUGGAGGCCUUAGGCUGAGUGAGAGUGGCUGGAAGUGGGCUGGCCCGAAUAGGCCGUAAAAGAGUGGUCGAAUAAGACGGCGACAGCUGGGACCCAAAGACUAGGAGAGACAGUCUGGACACCGUCACUCGGUCCCUCCCAUCAUCGGCUCCUUAUCCAUUCCCAGGCGGGCUCUUUGACUCCCCUUCUGCGAUGCUGGCAGACAUCUCAUGUUCUAUGCUGACCGCCCAACAUUCGAUCGAACGCAAUGGAAUCCCCCUUAACCCAACAAAGUAGACCCGAAACCUUCAAGCCUAAAAUCGUGCAACUAUACGAGAACCUAUUCCAAACCACCGACUAUGCAGAGCCAUCCGAGGGGUUUUGGAGGGAAUUCUUCUUGCUGCCUCCUGAUCGUACCCGGCUUAAUGCGGUCCUAGACCAGCUCAGUCCGGAUGAGACCCUCAACUUGCAGAUUCAAACCCAGCAGCUCUUUGCUCGUGCAAUCCGCGAGGCUUCGUCUGCAUCCAGUCCUGCGGCUUCAUAUGCACUGGAGACCUUGACGGUCUUCUUAGCAUGCGUCUUGAAAAAGAAGUACACCAAUCCCAGCUCGGAUGUCAUCACCGUUCUUGCUGGUCUCGACGACGUGGACCAUGUUAUCUCGAACUUUGUCGCCGUCCUCGAUGGCAUCAUCCGGAACAGCAGCAGCUAUGAUCUCCGGCUCAAAGCUAUCAGGACCGCCAUCGCAAUGACAGGCGGCGCAUACAAGACGAGCCUGGUCUCCUAUUUCACGCACCGGGACCUGUUUCCUUCUCUCAUGAAGUUUAUUCAAGAAACCGAUACUCCGAUGCAAGUGUUUGAGCCGUUCGCUCUUCUGGGUUUGCUGGCAAACUACAACAAGUUCGAAUUCCAGAAUCCUUACCAACUGCGGCUCGACGAUUUUGUCAACGAGUCCAGCAUUCAAAAAAUCGCCAAGGGGGUCGGUCUUACCUGUGGCGCCCUGAGAAACGGCUAUGUCGCAGUGCAAGAUGACUCCCCAGAGGGCUGGACACUGAUCGGGACCCUGAUGUAUUUCGGACUCGGCGUACUUUCCCCAGGGAAGAAAGAGAAGGCCACCGCACCCACUAUCGAAGAGGCCAAAGAUCUCUUUGCCGCGCUUCCGGCACAGCAAGCAUCUAUCCUCCUCGCCACCUACGACUUCAUCAACGCCAACAAGCUCUUCGGCUACCAUCUCAUCAGCGCCGCCCCCGAAAAGGACAACGAAGAGACCCCAUUUGCCUCCUUCCUCUCCCUGACCUCCUACCUCCUGCAACACGCCUACCGCUCCCCCCGCGUCGCCCACUACGCUGAGCUAAAUCUCCUCACCCUGCGCAUCCUCUCCGAAGACAGCACACUAUGCAAGCAAAUCUGCAGCGAAGAAAGCAAGCGCAAAGUGCGACUCUGCCGCCAGCGCCAGCCCUACCUCCCCUUCGUCCCCGGCGACCGGGUCCUCGCAACCACCAUCUUCGACAUCCUCAUCGACACCCUCACCCACAACCUCCGCCGUCGUCUCGACGUCACCCUCUACAGCCACUGCAUCGCCAUCCUCCUCCGCCUCCUCACCUACCUCUCCAUGAACAAAAUCCGCCUCCCCUACCACUGGUCCGAACUCUGGCGCACCCUCCUCUCCCUCAUGCGCUUCCUAACCACCUAUGCCCCGGACCUCACCACAAACCCCCACACCACCACUCUCACCACAACCCUCAUCAACCUCAUCGCCUUCUGCGUCUCCUCAGGCGACACCUUUCUCCCUGAUCCCCUCUCCUACGACGACCUCUUCUACAAGCUCGUCGAAACCGGCCCUAUCAUCACCCGAUUCCGCGACGUCUACAACUUCAAGACCUCUACCUCCGCAGACCCAUCCAGCAAGGACGUCCACGUUGCCGCAAUCGAUACCCUGAUUUCCGUCUCCACCCACUUCUACACGCUACUUUUCGUCCCGGAUCAGAAUCCAGAUGCCGGCGGCGAGGCGGCGCCCGUGCCGGCGAAUCUCAAGAAGCAUUUGAGUCCGCGAGAGGUUCAUCGCAUUAUUAAGCAGGGGUACGAGACGCUCAGUAUUCAGCCACCUGAGGGACUGAGUGCUUGGACGAGGUAUCGUGAAGCGGAUUGGAAGACCGAGUUGAAGCGGGCGGCUAGGUGUGCCGUUGACGAUGCGAGGGGGUUGGUUGUGUGAGUCUGUUCAGUUGGGUUGUUGUGCUGUUGUUGUUUGGCUUUGUAGCUUUGUUUGUGUUGCUCGGUACAGUGUUGUAGAUGUGCUGGUGGUUAGUUCGUAGUACUUCUUUUUUUGCUAGUUGUGCUCAAUUAUACCUCUGGUGGGUUGUUUUGUAUGGUCAUCUUCUCUUUGUAUCUGCUGCUUGGACAGAAUGAGCUGAGCUGAUCACGGGGACCGAAAGAAACAAAGAAUAAGGGAGAGGAUGGUUUCGCCAUCUGAUUCCAAUUCU